UGAAGCCCCCGAUCUGCGACCGCCCAAAACCUUUGGUUCUCGAAAAACCGUGCCGAAGUUUGAAGAAGGAAUCCUCCAUUUCAGUAACUUGUUGAAGAAGGAGAACGGAAGAGUUGGAAAUGGCGGCGAAGGAACAAUUCGAAGAGGAGGAGAAGAAAAGGAAGGGAAACUUUUGGAUAUGGAUGGUAUUGUCAGUGAUUUUUAGGAUCGUUAUGAUAUAUUUUCCCAAUCUGAAUCUGUCCUCUCGCCCCGAAGUCUCCACACCUCUAACCAGCAUUCAUCGACUAGCUGAGGGCUAUUGGUUAAAGCAGUCGUCAAUGUCUCCCUAUGCAGGAUCUAUGUACCAUGGCUCUCCUCUGUUACUGUCUCUUCUAGGGCCACUGACUGUCAAAAGAAUUGAAGGGCAACCAGACCAUCUUUUAUGCAGUUUUGCUUUUGUGGUUGCAGAUGUUCUGAGUGCAUUGCUUAUUCGUGCAGUCGGUCAGAAUCUUCAGAGGGCAUAUUAUCGGAAUUUGAGAUUGCUGAAGGUUAACCUGUCAAAAAACUCAGAGUUCUUCCCAGCUGGAGAUAUUGCAUCUCUUGUGUACCUGUGGAAUCCUUUCACAAUAGUUGCAUGUGUGGGUUUGUCCACAUCUCCAAUCGAAAAUCUAGCCAUUGUGCUUACGCUCUAUGGAGCAUCUAAAGGACAAGUUCCAUUGGCCGCUUUUGGAUUUGUGGUGGCGACUCAUCUAUCUCUUUAUCCUAUAAUUCUUAUAAUUCCGGUAGUCCUUCUACUAGGUAAUGGCUUAGAUGCUCCUCCUAGGAAAUUGUUCUUGCAAAGGAGUAGUAGUAGAGUUGUUGUGGGACCUUCACGUGAUAGCUGUAGCCAGCAGGAGGAAGUGAUCAAUCAGUCUGAAGUACCAAAUGGUUUCUCAUUGAGACCAGUGAUGUAUUUCUUAUUAUGGGUUUCUUUAUUUUCUGUGUAUCUGCUGCUUCUCUGUGGCGUAUCUCUUAAACAAUUUGGUGGACUCUGGGAGAUGUUUAGAAGUACAUAUGGCUUUAUUCUCACUGUGCAAGAUUUGUCUCCAAAUAUUGGGGUUCUAUGGUACCUUUUUGCUGAAGUGUUUGAGUUCUUCAGGGAUUUUUAUUUAAUAGUCUUCCAUAUCAAUAUUCUUUUUAUGAUAACACCAUUGGCCGUUCGUCUCCACCAUCGACCCUUGUUUCUGGCUUUUGUGCUUCUUUCCAUUUCUGCAAUGUUGAAGUCUUAUCCUUCGGUAGGGGACUCAGCUCUGUACUUGAGUUUUGUGGGAUUGUUUGUAUACGAAUUAGUUGAUUUGGAGUUCUCAUUCUUUCUGUUCUGCGGGUAUAUUGGGAUUUCACUGCUCAGCCCUGUAAUGCACAAUCUUUGGAUAUGGAGGGGGACUGGCAAUGCAAAUUUCUAUUUUGCAAACGCUAUGGCUUAUGCUUGCUUCCAGAUCGUUCUAGUGGUUGAGAGCGUAAGUACAAUGCUGAAUCACGACCGGAAACUGAGGAAGCUGUCUGCAGUGAAGCUUUCAUGAUAGCUAAGUCAUAGCACCCGAAACCUAAAAGAAAAAUCGUCUCGGCUAUCCAAUUUUAUUGUACAACUUUAGAGGUCUAGAGAUCCAAUAUCCAUGUAGAAUUCUAGUGAUCUUGGAACUGCUCUAACAAAAACAAAAUAUUUAUUACCACCUACUUAGGCCCCUGUUGGGAUUGCUUUUUUUUGUUAGUGAAUGAAUCUUAAUCGGUUUGGAUGUUUGGAAAAUUUAGUUAUCUUUUAAUAUAUUUAAAAUCACUUUUCAAUUUA